AUGCCGCUCUACUACACAGACACCACGCCUACGAACGGUAUUCCGGACAUGAACGGCGUGCCUUCUGAUGCUCCUCCACGACCAAAAUCCGAUGACCUCUCGAAUGCGAUAGCGAUAGUUGGAAUCAGCUGCAAGUUCGGAGGGUCAGCAUCCAACCUCGAUGGUCUAUGGCACACAUUAUCCAGCGGCGAAAGCUGCUGGUCGCCAGUUCCCAAGAGCCGCUUCGACAUUAGCAAGACAUCGCAUCCCGACUCUCAGCAGACAGAUAGUCUGAUUAUCCACCUGAAGCUUCAUGUAAAGGGCGGCUUCUUCAUCGAGGAAGAUUUGACCGAGUUCGAUGCGCCAUUCUUCAACCUUACGGCGGAGGUCGCGAAGUCCAUGGACCCACAGCUGAGGAUAAUGUUGGAAGGAGUAUACAAUGCGACUGAGAGUGCUGGAAUUCCCAUCGAGAAGCUUUCCGGCUCGAACACCUCCGUAUAUUCUGCAACCUUCGGCAGAGACUAUGCCGAGAUGUUGAUGAAAGAUGCGGACUCAAUGCCCACAUCUCUCGUCACUGGAAACGGUCCAGCCAUGUUCGCCAACCGUGUUUCACAUUUCUACAACCUGAUGGGACCCAGUGUCACCGUCGACACGGGAUGUUCAGGUGGUCUAGUAGCCCUGCACAUGGGUGUCAACAGCAUCCGGAAUGAAGAGUCGGAAGUUUCCAUCAUUGGAGCCUCCAACGCAAUAUUGAACCAAGACUUCUACAUCGCCAUCUCGAAUCUGGGUCUUCUACACGAAGAUGGGAAGUGUUAUUCCAUGGAUCAUCGUUUCGGUGGUUACGGCAGGGGCGAGGGCAUGGCCGUGUUGGUUUUGAAGAAGUAUUCCGCGGCAGUCAGGGAUGGCGACCACAUCCACGCUUUGAUCCGCGAGUCUGCUGUCAACCAGGACGGCAGAACCGGAACGAUAACGUCUCCCUCCAUGGACGCGCAACAGCAGCUCAUCAAGCAAUGCUAUAGCCGGGCAGGAAUCGACCUCUCAUCAACAGGCUACGUCGAAGCCCACGGUACAGGGACCGGGGGUGACGCUAUUGAAGCCGAAGCCUUAGCAUUGACCUUCGGCAACUCAAGAGAGAAGUUUGACCCAAUCUGGGUCGGCUCUGUCAAGAGCAACAUUGGCCACACUGAACCUGUUAGCGGGCUAGCAGCAGUCAUCAAAGCAGCUCUCAUACUACGCCACAAGCAAAUACCUGCAAAUCCUACCUUCGAGAAAGCCAAUCCGAACAUACCACUAGAGGAUUGGAAACUUCAGGUACCGACAGAGCUGACGCCAUGGCCAAAGGACAAGCCGUUCAGGGUAUCUGUCAACAACUUUGGUUAUGGUGGAACCAAUGCACAUGUUAUCCUCGAUGCGCCCCCGAGCCCUGGCGAACAACGUCGCUUCGCACUCCAGAAUGGCAACGGCGAGAUCUCCAAUGGACAUGCCAGCACUAAUGGACAUGCCGACACCAACGGGCACCCAAGUACCAAUGGCCAUGCCCUCAGCAAUGGCCAUGCGAGCAAUAGCAUUGACCAACCUUCCGGCAGCUCUACCGAACCGUCAUCUUUGGUCUACAUGCUGAGCGCCAAAGAAGAGGGUGGCGCCGUCACACGGUGCAAAGACCUAGCGACGUACAUCCGCAACGCUCUGCAGGAAGGGAACGCCCCAGCACCCAACGAUCUGGCCUACACGCUUUCCGAGCGCAGAUCGAGGUUUCCAUGGACCGUCGCCGUCAAGGCCCACAGUCUGGAGCAACUAGCCGACCUCCUCGAAGACACCCGCUUGAAGCCGACCCGCGCAUCGUCUGCGCCAGUCCGCAUAGGCUUCGUCUUCAACGGUCAAGGUGCGCAAUGGUACGCUAUGGGCCGCGAGCUCAUGACCUCAUCUGAGGUGUUCAGCUCAUCCAUCGAUCAAGCUGAGGCCCACUUGCAAGAAUUUGGUGCGCUUUGGUCGUUGAGAGAAGAGCUAUCGCGUGAUGUGAAGACUACCAACGUCGCAGAGAUUGAGCUUAGUCAACCGCUCAGUGUCGUUGUUCAGCUGUGCUUGGUUGACUUGCUGCGGUCCUGGAAUGUUAUUCCUUCCGCUGUCGUCAGUCACUCGAGUGGUGAGAUUGCGGCAGCAUACGCGGCGGGCAUUCUUUCGUUCAAGGAAGCUGUUGGCGUCGUAUAUCACCGUGGACGACUUGCCAAGAAGUACCAGAAGAUUACAAAGCUAUCGGGCGGCAUGAUGGCUGUUGGUCUCGGUGCCGAAGAAGUCCGGGAGUACCUGACUGAUCUCUCUUCGGAUGGUAAAGUGGUAGUCGCUUGUGUCAACAGCCCAUCCAGUGUUACGAUCUCUGGUGACAUGGAUGCUCUGGAAGAAGUCGCAGACCGUUUGGCAGACGAUGAUGUCUUCGCAAGGAAGCUGAAGGUUCCUCUCGCCUACCACUCUCAUCACAUGGAGCAUAUGGCGGAAGAGUACCAGAGUUGCCUCGAAGAACUUCUAGGACCGAUCGUAGAAGGCGAGCUCGACGUCGUCUUUGCGUCUCCAGUAACCGGUGACAUUGUCACUUCGCGUUCGACUUUCGAGGCCGCACACUGGGUGCGCAAUCUCACCAGUCCCGUUCUGUUUUCCAACGCGUUGGAAGCAUUGGUAUUUGGAGCGACAAAGCCUGAGGGUGAAGCGCCAACACCGAAUCAUCAGGUCUCCGUCUUCCUAGAAAUUGGGGCGCACGACACCUUGUCAGGUCCCGUCAGACAAACGCUCGGCGAGACACGCAUGCCGUAUCUUUCCUGUCUGAAGCGGCCUUUGAAUGCGAUUGACACUGUGCAAGACGUCGUCUGUGCCCUUGUGGCGCGAGGCUACCCUGUCCACCUCACAACAGUGAACAGACCCCAAUCGAACAUCUCACACCAGUCAAAGUAUAUCCAUAACCUUCCGGAAUAUCCCUGGAACCAUCAGACCUCCUACAAGAUCGAGCCAAGGGCUUCCGAAGAGCAUCGAUACAAGCGCUUCAAGCCCCAUGAGUUGCUUGGCAGGGCUAUUCCUGGCUCAAACCCUCUGACCCCAACCUGGCGCAACUUUCUCCGUUCGAAUGACAUUCCCUGGCUAGUCGACCAUCAACUAGAGUCAAGUGUGGUCCUUCCUGGCGCGGGAUAUGUGUCAAUGGCCAUCGAAGCAAUGCGUCUUCUCAAGAGCAAGCCUGACCAAGAGGUACCUCAGUUGCAGUAUCAUUUGCGAGAUGUAGACAUCAUCAAUGCUCUCAUCAUACCACAAACGUCGAGUGCCUCGAACAGGGGAAUAGAGAUCCAGUUCUCACUCCGUCCCUGCAGCGACAAGGACCUGGACAACGCCGAUUGGUACGAAUUUGAGUUGUGGUCGGUCAGUGCCAAGCACGCUUGGAUACAGCACUGCAAGGGCUGCAUCACACCUAGACCAGACCACGGCGUGCAUUUACUAGAGGAUGCCAGAGCUUCUCUUGGCCCUGUACUGUCUCACCAGAAGCACACCAAGGAGAUCGAGCCCGAGACGCUCUACCAAAUUUUGCGAGAUUCGGGCUUCCACCACGGACCAACAUUUCAGAACAUUGUUGGGAGUCGUGUUCUUCGUGAACGAUCGGAAACCGAAUUCUCUGUCGCUCCAGCGGCCUUUGAACGCGAACAGCAAUACGUAGUACACCCAACGACACUGGACUCGAUUUUCCAAUGCUGUUACGCGACCCUACCCGCCGAUCUCACGAAGGAUGCAAUGUUCAUACCUCGCUCGAUUCGGAAGGUGAUCGUGCCGUCCCAGCUCGGUACACAUGCGGACCAGCGGUUACUCGCAAGCCUGGACUGCCUGUCAUCAGGCGCCAAAGGUUCAAUUUUCACCGGUUCAGUGUUUCCCACAGGAGAUGAUGCGCACCAAACGGGAUCGUUCGAGAUGCAAAACUUCCGUCUCCAGCGUGUUACCCAGGCGGCCACGAGUGCGCAAGAUGCGAAGUCAGCGCAUCCUGCGAUCCAUUCCAAGAGCCGAUGGGAACUCGACGUCCACUAUGCUAUCCCAGAUGAUAUCAAAGACUCGAUGAGGAUUCCCUUAACCCAGUCUGAACUAGACUUUGCAAGGGACAUCCGCGAGAUAUCUUACCACCAUAUUGCCAAAACUCUGGAGCAACUGGGACCCAAGGCUGACGACCAAUGGACUUGGUAUCACAAGAGGUUCUACGAGUGGAUGAACUCCAUCAUCCUGACAGCCGACAAAGGUAUCCUAAUGUCAGGGAGCGACGAAUGGUCCACGAGAGACAGAGCUUCGAUCGAGGAACUUUGUAAUCGAGUGGCCCAAACCAAUGCGUCCGGAGAGUUGGUCCAGCGCGUCGGAAGCCACCUGUGUGACAUCGUGCAAGGCAAGUUGACACCUUUGGAGUUGAUGAUGGAAGACGGACUGUUGAAUCGCUACUACGAACAGCUACCGCAGCUUUGCAACGGCUCUUAUAAGCAUCUCCGAAAGAUUGUCGACCUUUACUCUGUUGUGAAAUCCGGAGCCAAAGUCAUUGAGAUUGGUGGCAGAACUGGCGGAGCAACAUCCGUUGUUUUGGACGCUUUAGCUGCGCGAUCAGAGCAAGACUCAGGCACUUCGCUGCUGGGUCAUUACGACUUUACGGACAUCUCUUCAGGGUUCUUUGGCGCAGCAAAGACCAAAUUUGCCACUUGGGAAGACAAGAUGAACUACUCCAAGCUCGACAUUGAGCAAGAUCCGAUCGAGCAGGGUUUCGUAGCCCAUAGUUACGAUCUUGUAGUUGCUUCACAUGUGCUCCAUGCGACACCGAGCCUGGAGCGCACCUUGUCGAACGUAAGAAAGCUGCUGCGACCAGGAGGCCAGCUCGUCUUGCUCGAAGGAAGCCAGGAUUCGCUCGACGUCCAGUUAAUCUUUGGAACCGUUGAGAGAUGGUGGUUGAGCGAAGAGCCUGAGCGCCAAACAUGCCCUUACGUCAACCUGGGAGUAUGGGAUAAGGCUCUGAAAGCAGCAGGCUUCUCUGGCGUCGAGUUCGAGAUUGGGGACUGCGAGAACCCUGAAGUCCAGUUUACCAGCACCAUCUUGUCGCACGCCAAAACCCCGGAUCCAUUGUAUCCGUCUUCAAUAUCCAUUGUUGUACCGUCAGCUUCGGAACCUCAAGCUUGGUUGGAUCAAGUAUCAGGAACCGUGCAGCACGUUACUGGUUCAGCUCCCUCGGUGGAGACUUUCGAUGAAGUUGAGGCAGACAGUGACCGUCUGCUCAUCAUGGCGCUCGACCUUAGCACACCUUUCAUCGAUACCAUGGAUCGCCAUGCAUUUGAAAAGCUCCGAAGUCUCCUUCUUCACUCCAAGGGCAUUCUUUGGCUGAGCUUUGGUGGAGCUGUCGACGAUGAAGAUCCACGCUUUGCCCAAGUGACUGGUCUCUUGAGAACUCUGCGACGCGAAGAUCCAAGCACACGAUACGUUCGCUUGGCAUGCGAGCCACCCCAACAAUCAUUGCCAACCGAGACCACCCUGAUGCUUGCGCAUGUGUUCAAGCAGAGCUUUGACUACAGCUCAUCUGAGAACAUCAACAUUGAUUGGGAAUAUUGCGCCAAAGGCCAGAACCUGUACGUUCCCCGCAUCUAUCCGGACUUUGAACAAGAUCGGGCUGUCAGCGGAGGCGCAAAACCUCUUCAGCUGCAGGAGUUUAGCUACUCUGGCAAAUCUCUCGUCCUACAACCAUCAGGCAGCGGUGCAUCUGGCGCAGAGUCCUGCUUUGUGGAUACAUCUGAUGCGGCGGAUGAUCUGCCGAGUGGGUUUGUUGAGAUCGAACCGAAAGCCUUUGGGCUGAACAUUGUAGGGGCGAGUGAGGAGAACGAGUCGGUUGCGCAUGAGAGCAGUGGUAUCAUUAGGAACCUUGGCCCAGACACACGAGACUCUGGACUUCGCGUUGGAGAUCGAGUGUGCGGCAUCUUCAAAGGACCUAUCAACAACGCCGGUCGCGCUCACUGGACCAGCGUCGUCAAGGUUUCCGACAAGCUUACAUGGGAGGAAGCCGCGUCCACCCCGUAUGCAUAUUCGACCGCAUGCUUAGCCCUGCGCGACAUCGCAAGACUUCAGAAGCAUGAGCGAGUGCUGUUACACUUUGGUACGGCAGGUGUGGGCCAGGCUGCUCUCGCACUGGCCGAGAACAUCGGAGCCGAGAUCUUCGUCACUUGCGGAACAGACGAAGAGCGUCAAGUUCUGCUGGAAGAAUACACCAUCGCUCCCAGCCAUAUCCUGCAGGAUGAAGCAGCCUCUCUCGUGUCUGCUAUCAUGUCUCAGACAAACAGCGAGGGAGUUGAUGUGACGCUGAGCUCAGUUACUGGGCCGUUGCUCAAGGCAUCCUGGGAGUGCACUGCACCGUUUGGUCGCUUUGUGCAGAUCGGUAAGGCUGAUACCGAGAAGUCAAAGCAUCUUGACAUGUCGCCCUUUGGCCGCGGAGUGUCCAUGACUGGUCUUGAUACCCUCCAGUACAGCGAGAUGAGAGGCGCCAUGUUCCACAGGGCAUUGGCGAAUUCCAUCGAAUUGUUGCAGCACAAAGAAGCGAGACCCGCGACACCAAUCAAGGUUUUCAAGCUGGCCGAGAUCCAUGAAGCGCUCCAGUAUGUCCGAGGUGGGAGCUACAUGGGUAGUGCUGUGAUUCUGCCACAGCCAGGUGACGAGGUUCAUGUCGUCCCGAAGGCUGAAACGUCGCUUGGCCUAGACGCUCCAGACUCUACCUUCAUGAUCGUUGGAGGUCUUGGAGGGAUUGGACUUGCCACUGCUUCGUGGAUGUUGGAACAGGGGGUCAAGAACCUGUUGAUCGUCUCCCGCAAUGCUGUAGCUCAUCCGAAGGGGUUGGCGUUGGUUGAACAAGGUCAAGACCACGGUUGCAACGUCUAUCUUCGCAACUGCGACAUUGCCGACGAAGGAGCGGUCUGUAGUCUCCUCGCAGACGUGAAGGCAGAGUUACCUCCGAUCCGUGGAGUUCUUCAAAUUGCUGCAAUCCUUGACGACACUGUCUUUGAAAGCAUGACUUUCGAGCAGUGGCAGAAGGCCAUUGGCCCCAAGGUCACCGGCACCUGGGCCCUCCACAACAAUCUGCCUGACCUCCAAUUCUUCAUCACGACCUCUUCCGCCACUGCAGUCCUUGGCAACGUGUCACAGAGUAACUAUACCGCUGGCGGUACGUUCCAGGACGCGAUUGCUCGAUACCGCACUGCCCUUGGCCUACCCGCCGUGACAAUAGAUCUUGGUCCUAUUGACGAUGUCGGAUUAGUCGCACAAGGUGGAGAUGUGGUGAAGAAGCGCGUGGAGAAGGCCCUUGGCAUGAAAUGUCUUCCGAUUGCCCACGUAUUGCGACUAUUCGAGGAUGCAAUCAGGAACCCAAAUCGACGCCGGCCCGAAAACAGUCAGAUUGUUACGUGUAUCACUGGAUACAGCAAAUUGGUUGACGACCCAGCGGUGAAGAACGACCGUCGAUUGGGAACCCUGCGACUGGGCGAUGACACCACGACAGAAGCCUCAGCUCAGGGACAGUCCGAAUCCUCCAAGAACAUCGAUGGAUUGGUAUCUCAGUUAUCGGCACUGUCGGCGGGUGACAACAAAGCGAAGGAGAUCGUCAAGGACCUGCUAGUAGCCAAGGUUGCGGACUUGUUCAAUCUGGAGACGAGCGCUAUCGACACCGCUGAUGCGCUCACAAGUAUCGGAGUCGAUUCCCUGGUUGCUGUGGACUUCCGGAACUGGUUGGGUAGCGUUGUCAAAGCUAAAGUCAGUAUCUUCGAGAUUCUGCAAACACCGUCGCUCAGCGAGUUCGCUAGCUUGGUCGCGGAAAGGAAAGGGUAG